GAGUAAUAAUUCCGGAGUCAUUAAGAACUGAUAUGUUGAAAGCUAUACAUCAAGGACAUUUGGAUCUGAAUCAUGCAAACGUAGGGCUCGAGAGUGUUUAUAUUGGCCAAAGAUGAGCUUAGAAAUAGAAGCAGAAGUUAGAAAGUGUGAAAUCUGCAAUGCCCAUAAGAGUCAUCAACAAAAGGAUCCUCUACAAUCACAUACUGUACCACAUCGACCGUGGAGUAAAGUUGGAGCAGACCUGUUUGAAUUGUAUGGUAGAGGCUAUCUUCUUAUGGUAGAUUACUACAGUGGAUUCUUUGAAAUUGAUUACUUGUUAAAUACAACAUCAAAGACAGUUAUCACAAAGAUGAAAUCUCAAAUUGCGAGAUACGGAAUUUUCGAAGAUCUUAUAACAGAUAAUGGUCCACAAUUCAGGAGUAAAGAAUUUCGUGCCUUCUCGUUACAGUAUGGAUUUAGACAUACAACAAGUUCACCAGGAUAUCCAAAAAGUAACGGCAUGUCAGAACGUGCUGUACAUACAGCAAAAGCAAUCAUAAAGAAAGCAAAAUAUGAUAACACCGAUCCUUAUUUAGGACUCCUUAAUUACAGAAAUACACCUAAAGAUGAAAUUGUUGGCAGUCCAGCUCAAGGACUAAUGGGACGAAGAACUAGGACAUUACUACCAAUAUCAGAGAAGUUACUUGAAUUUCAACCAUUAAACCCUGUUAAUGUUCAAAAAAAAUUAAAAAUGUAUCACAAGAAACAAAAAGAGAUUUACGACCGCAAUGCAAAAACACUUCCGCCAUUAAAAGAAGGAGAUACGGUACGUAUAAAAACAGAAAAAGGCUUCCAAAAGAAAGGAAUCGUGGAAAAAUCGUUACUUGAGCCAAGAUCUUAUUUGGUUACGUCUGAUGGUACCUGCUAUAGAAAGAAUAGAAAUCAUUUAUUAAAGAUUAAUGAAGAAUCGAGAAGUCAAGAUACAGAUAAGUCUCAUAGUGAGAACAAUAGAUCUUAUAAAAAUUGUAAUGAAAGUACUAACAACAGUAAUAUACGAACUCGUAAGAUAAAAAAAUGGUAUCUAUCUUCAUCCAUCUUGAGAUUAAAGUUCAAGUAUGUUCAGGUUAUAGAGAAUUCAACGACGCUUGAUCGGUUGGAGGCUGGUGAGUAUAUGAACGACGUAGAUUUUGAAAAUCUUGGAAAAUCUAUCGGCUCGUCUAUAAGAAGAACCGCUUCUCCAGCUAACCGAGAGCAAGAGCUAUUGCUUAGUGUUAUCAAUAUAACCAUAAUGGCUGGAGUAUUAGAAGACGAAAUCAGCAUUGAGAUAGACUCAACAAGAGCCAUUGCGGCGGACGGUGGAGAAGCGAAUGACUUUCAAAUUGGCUUUAGGCCACCUAUACCUUUAGAGGCUAACAAAAAAUAUCAAGUGGCUCUUACUGAAGCUGGUUUGUGGAAUUCGUGGGAAAAUGUCACUACGAAAAACAAUCAACUAGUGAUUGAGAUUAGAAGAGGAAACUAUGGUGAUACUGAUGGUGCACAGAGAGGAAAAAAAUCGCAAUACACCCAGGCGCUUACAACAUUCCCGACAUCGAUCAAGCUAUUGAAGAUGCUAUGGAAUAAUUGGGGGUAA